UUGCAACUAGUUUAGUCGAGUUUUUGAGUUAUUAAAGUGUCUGCGCGUGUUUGUUUCGCUCUGUCAGUCAUCAUAUCCGCACGCGGAUUAUAUUUCGCUGUUUUUGCAUUAUUUUUGUUUUAAAUAAAUUAUACUUUUUGUGAGAUGGUUGUAUUGUACUCGUAAAGCUGAGCAAGCGUUUGUUACAAAUACAAAAAUGUGCGGGUUUUGUUUGAAUCACCUGGUGGCUAGACGAAAAUAAACCGAAACGUUUUGUUUUUGGGAAAUAUUACGGAAGACGGAAGACAGUCGGCAGUCUGGAAGUUGUUUGAGUGGUUGAAGGACGUUCGGAAAUUAUUCUUACAUAUAUAUUGAGUUUACAUGAUUAGUUACCGGUUUAGAUUUGUUUGGAACGUGUGAUAAGUAUUUUUGUUUUAUUUUGUUAAAAUGUCGAUUGUUGGACCUGCGUUAAGUUUGGGAUUAACUAUUGUUGGAACAGUCGCAGUUGUCAAAACGAACUCUUACAGUCGAAGAAGUGUACCGCGAUCGAGAUCAGUUCGCAGCGCUGGUACGCGAGGUGGCAGCGCCGGACGUCGGCCGGAUGGGCAUCGAGAUCCUCAGCUUCACCAUCAAGGAUGUCUAUGAUGAUGUGCAAUAUUUGGCGUCGCUCGGCAAAGCGCAGACGGCGAUGGUGAAGCGCGACGCUGACGCCGGCGUCGCUGAAGCCAAUCGUGAUGCUGGCAUACGCGAAGCUGAGUGUCAAAAAUCCGCCAUGGAUAUUAAAUAUUCCACUGAUACAAAGAUCGAAGAUAAUUCAAGGAUGUUUAAGCUUCAGAAGGCUAAUUUUGAUCAGGAAAUUAAUACUGCUAAAGCCGAAGCACAAUUGGCUUAUGAAUUGCAAGCUGCCAAGAUUCGUCAGAAGAUACGUAACGAAGAGAUCCAAAUCGAAGUUGUCGAAAGACGUAAGCAGAUCGAGGUGGAAGUGCAGGAAGUCAUGCGAAAGGAGCGUGAAUUAAACGCAACUGUACGUCUCCCAGCAGAAGCGGAAUCAUACCGUGUGCAGAUGAUUGCCGAAGGUAAACGUACACAUACAGUACAAGCAGCUAUGGCGGAGGCGGAGAAGAUAAAAUUGAUUGGACAAGCCGAGGCGGAAACCAUCGCUAUUAUGGGUAAAGCGGAAGCGGAGCGUAUGAGGCAGAAAGCCGCUGUUUACCAACAGUAUGGCGAAGCUGCCAAGAUGGCGAUUGUUUUGGAAGCAUUACCAAAGAUUGCUGCUGAAAUUGCUGCCCCCCUGGCAAAAACCGAAGAGAUUGUGUUGUUGAGUGGAAAUGAUAAUACCACCGCAGAUGUAACUCGCCUUGUCGGCCAAUUACCGCCGGCAAUUCACGCCCUCACCGGCGUGGACUUGUCGAAGGUUUUGGGUAAAUUACCUGGAGCAACCACAACUGGCCAGAUCACCACGCCUCAGGUUGCCGUCAAAUAAUGAACGUACCAUAUGCGGCCAUAAGUAAUUUUGUUAUUUGACAACAUACACCACUUAUUGAUAAAAGCAAAACCACACUAACCGAAAUUUAAACAAAACUUAAAAUCUAGGAGCGCCUUUUUGCGGAAAUAAAAUGAUAUUCAAGAGUUAAUAUUUUCACGGAUAUUUUUGUGUAGCACUGAGACAUAUUUGAAACAAUUUACGUUACCAGCACACACAGACACACACUUACACGAAUUUUCUUACUCGAUGCGAAUAAAUACAAAAUAUGUGUUCAACUGUUCGACUUUUAGAACUCUACAUACAAUCUAAACUUAAUCGAGAAUCUUAACUAUGAAAAUCUAAUAUGAAUGAGGACAAAACAAAAACAAAAAACAAAUGCGUGUUGUAGCUGAAAUAAAAUAAAUGAAAUAUAUAUUAGAUCUAGCUGAUGAAAGCUGAGUAAUGAACAAAAAAUAAUGUUUAAACAGAAACUAUUUCGAGUUAUAGAAGUGUACACUGUGUAUUUUUACAUAAAUCUUCAAGUUUUCGAUGUUUUUGAAGCGUUUUUUGACGUGUUUAGUGCGCAGAUUUCGAUUCUUAUGUUAACGACCAAGUAGAUGAUGAUUUUCUCUGGGUUGGCUGCCGUAAAUAAUGUAAGCAGAUUUUUAGCUGUCUCGAUGUGAAACGUAACGCAAGAACACUUAUUUUGUGUCUGUUGUUUUCUCGAAUCUUUGCAUUUAGCAGAUGGAUUUUAGUACUUGUAGCUGAAUAUGAUAUUUUUAUACCUGAUGAAAAUUAAAAUGCUACUCAAACGGAAUGCUGUCGAAUUCCACCUAAACAGGAUCAGAAUUUUGAAUUGUAAUUAAACUUUUAAUGAAUUGAUUUUAAUUCUAAUAGAAAUGAUCUGAUUUCUCAUGAAUAUCGUUUGUAAUAGUCUUGUACUUGUUUGCGUAUUGAUUUAUUUGUUUGUUUGUAGGAAAUAUUGCGUUAGUUUAGUAACAAAAUUAAAAUAUUCUUGUAUUCAUGUAUAUUUUUAUGCCACUAUGAUUAUUUAAACAAUAUUGUUUUUCUAUUGUAUUCUAUACUCUGAACAACUUUUAUUAUCACACUGCGCAUAGAAAAUUCGAUGUGUUAUGUAUUUUUGUGUUAGUUUUAAGCUGAGAUUAUUUUGUACGUUCACUUCUUAUUUGCUUGUCUUAUGGACUCAAAGAAAUGUCAUAAAUAUUAUAAAUAAACGCUAUGAAAUGUA